CUGGAAUUUGGAUGGCUGGCUUUGCAGACUGCGUGGUGGUGGACACAGACAGAAGCACCCUGAGGUGUCAGAGGCAGUGUGGGAGCCUGAAGACUAAAAUAAGACUGCGGUACUCUACUUGAGACUUGGUUUUGUGAGUUGUCUGUUUUCUGAUUCCUUGUGAGUCAGAAACUCCAGCUCCCACUCUGCUGGUGGAGUCAUGCAUCCAGUGACUAACGUUUGUGCUAAUAAUACACCUAUGAAGUUAUGCGGACCUCAGAAUUGUCUCGACAAACAGAAAGAAAUUUCGGGACUCCGGCAGAGCUCCAUUCCAUCCUCCAGCAACUUGCAUUUCCCCAGGUUUUUCUAAGGAGCUCAACUUUUACUAGCAUGUCCCCCCAGAUCUUGAAGGUGUUAUAAAAAUCACAGGCAACAUGCGUUUCUGAAAGCUGUAAAUCCAGUCAUUCGACACAACAAUUUGUUGAAUGGAAAAUUCAUGAACACCCACUGGAAGAUUCACAGAUGGUACUGUUCAGAAGCCUAAAGAAAAACGAAAGUGAGUCAUUUUUCUCACAUAUGAAAGUAAACUAUUGAGGUGUUGUCAUCUACUUCCAACAAUAACCAAUGGUUCAGUGUUGCAAUCUGGUGAGUGGACACUACCAUUCACUCUGAAGAACUGUCAGCAUAUCAGAUGAUGUUGUCCAGCGAUCACUAACUGUCUAGAGAGAGAAGAAAACUCUGCUGAGGAGAGCUGAAGUGGCGAUGAGACAGCCCAACCGGAAGAGGAAGAUGAGCAUGGAGUCCAAAGAGCAUGUGGAUCAGGAUGGGUGGUUGGGGCAAACUGAAGAAGAAAAGAAGCCCAGGGGUGGUGCCACAGUUUUCAGCCAAGAGCCUUCUGCGACUACAGGGGAAACCUGGUCCUGGGAGCAGUACUUAAGAGACUGGAGUGCUGUGGCUGCACCGGUUGAGCUGUUUUCCAAGGACCAGUCCUUUCCUGAACAUGAAAAUGGCUUUCAGGUUGGAAUGAGACUAGAAGGCAUUGAUCCCCGGUGUCCAUCUGUGUUUUGUGCACUUUCUGUAGCUGAGGUGUGUGGUUACCGGCUGAGACUGCAUUUUGAUGGUUAUUUGAGCUGCUAUGAUUUUUGGACCAAUGCUGGUUCCCCGGACAUUCACCCAGUGGGGUGGUGCGAAAAGACCAACCGCGAAUUGCACAUUCCGAAGGGUUAUAGAAAAGAUAAGAUUGUUUGGAUGGAUUACUUGAAGGCCUGUAGAUUGCAAAAUGCUCCUAAGAAAUUAUUCAGAAACAGAAGUCCUAAUGGGCCAGUGCCAAAGGAGUUCCAGGUCGGGAUGAAGCUAGAGGCUGUGGACAGAAGGAACCCUUGCUUGGUGUGUGUGGCCACCAUCGCGGACAUUGUGGAAGACCGCAUACGAGUGCAUUUUGACAACUGGGAUGAAGGCCUUGAUUACUGGUGUGAUGUCGACAGUCCUCAUGUCCAGCCGGUUGGUUGGUGUCAGGAGAAUGGAAGAACUCUGGUAGCACCCCAAGGUUAUCCAGAACCAGAGAAGUUUUCCUGGACAGAAUAUCUGGAAGCCACUCAAGCAACCGCGGUGCCUGCCAGAGUUUUCAACACGAGGGCUCCACACGGCUUUUUGCCAAACAUGAAGCUGGAAGCGGUGGACAAACGAAACCCCCGGUUAAUUCGAGUGGCCACCAUCAUAGAUGUUGAUGACCACAGGGUAAAGAUUCAUUUUGAUGGCUGGGACCACAAAUACGAUUACUGGAUGGAUGCUGACAGCCCUGACAUUCACCCCAUUGGGUGGUGCGAUGUGACAGGGCACCCACUGGAAGUACCAUAUGGGGCAAAUGAUGUGAAAAUCCUUCCAGGUCAAGCUGUAUGUCCUACUCCUGGGUGCCGAGGAAUAGGCCAUAUUCGUGGCCCACGCUAUGCAGGACACCACAGUGCCUUUGGGUGCCCGUAUUCAGACAUGAACUUGAAGAGGGAGGCAGCACUUCAGGAUCGCCUGAGAGAACAGACACAGACACAUUUGGAAUCAGAUUCUUCACAUUCCAAGUCAGAAAAUCUCCGCGAUUUGAAUUUCAAUGGACAACGUGAGGAAAUGAACAGUCAGUCCAGACUUGUACAGCAGGCAAAGUGUUUGAAAAUCAAAGGAAAAGAAGAUAUUGACUUGGAUAAUCUCUUCAGAGGUAAAAAAAAACAAAAACAAAAACAAAAUACCAACACUAGCAAAAGCAAGAACUGACUUUUGCUUUUUGUUGUGGAGUUUGUCUUAUCUGUCUGUUUGGCUUCAUCAUCUGGUAGGGAGUGUUGCCAAGGACCUGACCCGAAGUCAAGAGACUCUUAGAUUCUCAGCCUGCUACCCACCCUGCAAAUGACAAGUGCUGGCACUUGGAAGCCCCCACCUUAGUUUUCUCAUUUACAAAGGUGAAAAGGCCUCUGCUACCCCAGCACUCUUCUUUGUGUCAGGAAAGAUCCAGUCUGUGGAAGUCAGUGUCUCUGGUGUGCUCUCUGCUUCUACAGCAGCCACUUAAUGCAGCCAGGAAAGUCACUGUGGCUGACAAAUUGGACGGUGGGAAAAUGUGUGUCAUUAGAAGGUCAGGCGGAAAGUUACAGGGAAGAAAGCACAGAGAUGAGAAGUUUGUUGGAGCCUUGAAAGGGAAAAGGAAUAUCAUGUCUUCAUUUAGGUUGUUCCCUUCCAGUGACUGCUCAGUGCAGACAGGAAGAGAGGCCACGUAUUGUGACAGCCAGCUAAGACCUUCCUCUAGCUGCCUCGUCUGUCUUGGCACUGUCAUUUAGAUCUGGUCAGAUGAAAACAUUGGUCAUUUGCAAUUAGGUUGGUCUUCAGCCACUGUGGCCCUUAAAUUCUUAACCCCCAAAGCAUGUCACAUAUGAUAGUGAGUUUUCUACUGAAUUGGGAAGAAAAUUAAGACAACUGGAUAGCAAUGUAGCUCAUCUCCACCCCAGUCUCCUGACAGAGUUCUCUUAAGAUGAAAAGGGCUGGGCAGUCGGUCAACCAGAGGGCUGCGAUGGCCAAAGAGAAACUGCUGGUUUUGGAUGGGACAAAGCUCAGGCUGGGGUUGCAAGAACUGUGAAUUUCCAUCUCAGCCACAAAGAGAUGGGGUCUUCUCCAGAGAAAAGGGGGGCAAUUAAGGUACUUGGCUCUCAUUGUGCAUUUACACGUUUCUCAGAAGAAUUUCUGUAUAAUGUAACCAGAGCUAAGCCUUGCUUUAAAUAAGUAAUGCAUAUUUUAGAAACGGCUCCAAAUGUUCUCAUCCAUUUCACCAAGCCCUCUUCAUUCUGUAAGCAGCAUGUUUUGGAACCACAUGAGAAACCUUAAAAAAAAAGUGUUGGUGUUUUAAUUCAUAUUUUGACACUUUUGAAAACUUCUGCAGAGAGUAAUUAUGUACAUGUUCCUGUUAAAACAGAUACACAGUCCUGUGCCUCACAUAGUAAGAGUGGUAAUGAGGAUCACCCUGACCAAAAUAGAAAAUAUCUCUAGCAAAAGGCAUUUGCAUAUUGAGAAAAAAAAACCCAGUCUCUUCCAUCUCGCCCUGUGUGCGCUUGUUCUUUUCUGCACCAUUUGUAAGAAGUUUAAACCCAUAUGUUUGCAUUUUUUUUCCCUCUGCAUUUGCUGAACUCUCUAACUCAACCAUUUUCACUUCCUCUUGGGGGAGGUCUGUAAGUGAAAGUUAGGGCAGUGAUGUCAUAGGAUGUGUGGGGCGUUCUUGCCUUGUGCAGAGCACAUGACUGUCUCGGAGCUUUGGGGAAAUACAACCAGGGGUCUGUUCUACUGCGGGAAAAAUGUACCUCGCACAGGCUGCACAUGCCAUGUGGUUUCUAGCCUAACGUAUGGCUCAGAUUGCAAUUCCUGCAUCCAGUCAGUCCUCAAUAUCAUGAUUAAGUUCAUCUGCUCUCUUCCUAACAUGUAUGAGGCAAAAUAGCAAAACUGAGCAUCACUCCUGUGAGAUUAAAUAACUGCUGAUGCCCUUUCAUUGUGAAGGCUAUAAUGGAAGCUUCAUUUGCAAUUCUUCAUCUUCUUCUCCCAUCUUUUCCUAUCUCGAUGUAUAGAUUUGAAUCGGUGCCUUCAUUUUGGUUUUGGUUUGUUUUGUUUUUAAGGAAAAUGAACUGAAAUGUGUUCUCAUUUAUUCUGUGAGCAGAAAUUGUAAACACUGGAUUUUUUUCCCUAGGUUGUGUAUAGCAUGGCGACACAGCUUCUGACUUUCAUGUCGCAGAUGAGUUUUCAAAUUUUACUAGUGACCAUCUUUAUUUUCCAAAGCAUUUUAUUUACAAUAAAUGUGGUGACUGUCAUAUACUUA